UGUUUAGUGCUGCCAUCCGUUUUCUUCUGACAUAUCGCAAUUUUUCCUCUUUUGCAUUAAAAUCAGGUUAUAUUAACAUUAUAAUUUUUCAAAAUCUAAAAAACAUGUGUAAAUUUAAAUAAGAAGUGAAUAAAAUAUUAAGUAUAGUUUAUUGAAUUAGUGGUUAAAAGUGUACGUAUGGUUUAUGUGUUGAUUAAGCGACGUCAGCUGGUCGCACAGUGAUAGCUUUUUGAUAGAAAUGGCGGAACUUUGUCCAGGUGAUACAUAUAGUUUAUCGUCAAAGAAAAGUUGUAACGAUGACAUAGAAUAUAUAUUUGUGAAAUUAACCGACUCGGCAUAUCGUGCUCUUCAGGAAUAUCAAAGAAAUCAGGGUCGGAUCAGCGCCACACCUGCGAUACAGUUACAGGAGAAUGGAGGGCAUUUAUCCAUUCCAUCAGCACCACAGUCAUUCAGGGGCGCCGGUUCUUCGCCUUCUACCGGCGCCAACGGCAACGGGCAGCAGCAGCAGCAGCAAGUCACGUUUUCCUUCACGUUGUCUUCAAAUGCGGACAUCGAGGGCCCCCAGGGAAGUUUCGAGUGCGUGCAAAGGCGCGCGGACAGGCUCGAUUCCCUGGGGGCGCUCGCUCGCAAAAUGCGCAUCCACGCCAACGAAGACGUCUACGAGGCGACAAGGCAUCGCAUGGCGGUUGCCGAGGAGAACCAGAAGAAUAAAUGUACCCGCGAGAUUAAGCCCGAUCAAACAGAUAUUGGUCGCAAGGUAAAAGUAAAACAAUUACCUCACCGGCCUAUGAACUCGAUGAAACCUCUGACGAUGGUUCAUCCCCUUCACAAUCAGCCAUCAUCCGUGACCAAUGGUAUCUCGAGACAUCCUAGCAAUCACAAUAGCCGGCAACCGCCAGGAUCUUCACCUCCUCCAGUAUCUGCUAAUGUUGGGUCGAGACCAUCUCCACUCGGAGUACUCGGCCAGCAACAAGGGCUGGGAUCAAAUGGUGUCUCUGGAGAAUCCAAUAAUGGCAUCAACGGAUCGGGGAAUGCUAAAAACGGCAGGGUAUCACAUGUCGGCAGGACGAAUGCGUCUAAUGCGCCCAAAUCGGACGUCAUGCGAAGGCCUAUCAAGGAGCGCCUGAUACAUCUGCUGGCUUUGAGGCCGUAUAAAAAGCCUGAAUUAUACUCUAGAAUUAAUCAAGAAGGUAUCAAAGAACGGGAGAAAAACUGCAUAGCCACUGUGUUGAAGCAGAUAUCUACUAUGCGAGAUAAUACUUAUCACUUACGUAGGAAUAUUUGGAACGAUGUUCAUGACGAUUGGCCAUUUUAUACCAUGGACGAACGAGCUUUGAUGAAACGGCGGAAACCUCAGAACCUGACCCCUCCGACGAGCAGCGACGGCGGUUCGUCGGGCAGCGGUCAGAGUCCGUCUUCGACACACGCGGGCUCGCCGCCUCAGGCCAUAAGCGGCAAUGGCGGUGGUCCCGGAAAGCGACAGGCAUCCUCGCUCCGGGACCAUCAUCCAGGUGGCGCCUAUGACACUGGAGGAGGCGUCUGGGACGGAGGUGUGGCGCCGAAGAAGCAGCGUAUAUCGCACUUCAGAAAGCCGCCGAUCACCUCCGAGAACAACAACAAUGGCAUCAACCCCGGGUCGCUGUACAACAGGCCAUCUCCGCCGCCUUCGGAGAACGGAAACGGGUAUGGAAACAAGUUGGCGGGAGCUGUGACGGAGAACGGAUACAGGAGAAACGUGACCGAUUCCCGUGAGAGUAGCAAUAUGAAUCCUCGAUCGAGGGAAGAUAUACGUAGCAAUCCUUUAAGUAGUAGUUUCAUCAGUGCCGGUAAUAGUGGCAACAGUAACAAUAGUAAUGUGAAUAAUGGCUUUCAUUCGUCGUCGAAUGGCGUUGCGUCGCAAAAUGGCGGCGGUGAUGACGAAAACCUCGAACCUCAGAUGGCGAACGGCCGCAGCAGCAGUAACAAUAACGUCAAAAAACCUAUGCAACACUACAGUGAUACUAGUAAUAAUAGUUUAAGUUUUGGUGUGAUUAGAGAUCCCAAGACCGUGGGUCUGGGGUACGAUAGGAGUGCGGAGAAUCAAUAUUCUAAUGGCGGAUAUCAGGCCGCGGACAGGCAAGCCAACAGCAAAAACGAUGACAAGAAACGGAAUAAGAUGUACUCGAAGUCAUCGCCGAGCGCAGGCAACGGGAAUAUAAAUACUCAAUCGAGCGGUGUCACGAACAGCAAUAGUCCUUCAACUCUUUCAGAACGUCUUUCGGACAACACGGAGCAUUCUCAGAAGUCCAACGAUUGCGAACCAACGCAAUUUGAUUUCUCUAGUGAAUAUACCCGAAUUCAGUCAAUAGAUCAGCGUAGGAAGUACAAACGAGAGUUCGACGAGAACUAUGAUGAAUAUCGUGAUCUGCACAAUGCUGUAGACCAGGUUUCACAAAGAUUCGUUGCGUUAGAAGAAAGACUCAGAAGUGUCCAGCCGGAUUCGCAAGAGUACAAGGAUAUCAAACGGCAAAUCGUGACCGAGUACAAUCAGCAUUUGCAGGACUCUCGGCAUACGGCCAAACUGAACCGUUACCAGUACUUGCAUCACAAACUGUCGCACAUCAAAAGGCUGGUCGUCGCCUACGACAACGAGAUCAAAUGCAAAACCGUCUGAUGCACCACCAGGAGGCAUAUCGAUGGAGUCGCUCGCUAAAAACUCUUCUUCUUCUUCGGAACACUAGCAACACAAACGACAACUAAACUGGUCAGUAAUUACAGAUAUUGGUCUAAACGAAAGCAAUACGGUAAUAAAAAUGAAAAUUAUUUGGUUAUAUAAUGGUUCCUCAAUUUGGCAGCUAUUCUGAGUGUCUGUCAUUUACAUUUUUCAAAUAAUUUUUUACACAAAAAUAUAUGAGCAUUAUUUACAGUUCAAUUCUGCAUUGGAAUCUAAUAGAUACGCAGUAAAAUUAAAAAAAUUGUUUUAGAAAGAAACUUUUUAUGAUUCGUUAAAUUCAUUCGAUAAACUCAUUUGGAAACCA